CCCCCCCCCCCCCCGCCGAUAAAGUUGGAACCUUUUUCAGGUGCUCUAAUGGGAAACUGUCAGGCGACCGACGCCGCCGCCGUCGUGAUCCACCACCCCGACGGCCGCAUCGAACGGCUCUACUGGCCCACCAGCGCCGGUGAGAUCAUGCGAAGCCAUCCCGGCCACUAUGUUACUCUGGUCACUUUCUACAUCUCCCGUCCAAGCACCCAUACUUCAAAUGCACCUUCUUUACCUUCUCCCGCCGGCGAUGCCGUCCGGUUAACUCGCGUCCGCCUUCUCCGCCACAAAGACAUCCUCCUCGUCGGCCAAGUCUACCGCCUUGUUACCUCUCAAGAGUUAACGAAGGCAAUCAACGCAAGGAAACAGGAGAAGAUGAGGAAGGAUCAAGCAGAGCAGAGACAAAGGCCUCCACACAGCACAAAUGUUGAGGAGGGAGGGGUUCAGGGGGAGAAGAAUGAGAAGGAGAGGCAGAAGAACAGUCGGCAUUGGAGGCCUUCUUUGCAGAGCAUAUCUGAGGCUGGAAGCUGAUGUAUUAUUGUUCAGAGCAUAUUAUGAAGGAUAAUAUGGAUAGAAAUGGGAAGAUUUGGGAGAAAUUGUAAUGUAGUUCACUACUGUGGAACUGUAGCUUCCUUGCUGUACACUGAAAAAUCUGAGUAAAUGAUUAUUAAGGUUGGGGGCUGUUAAAAAA